GGUGCCGGAACAAUAUCCACGGCGAAUAAAACUAUCGAAGUAUGCCAUCCCAGAUCAAAAUAUAUGUGAAGAAGCAUCAGGAAGCUGCACGAUGGGAAAUGAUUCUUGGAGUGAUGGCAACAGCUCAUGGAAAACAUUUUACUUUGCAAAACCAACACAACCCCAGUCAGUAACUUUGGAUGAAAGUACUAUCUUUUUGGAAAAGGACAUCACCUUUGGAAUACCCUCAGACUUAGCAGGCCACUCAUCAGAAGAGGAAAUAAGUCUAACAUCAAACAAUUAUGAAGUUCAACCAUCUAUACCUCCUUGUCCAGACCCUGAUGGAAAUCAUGACCUCCAAACAAAUUCGAGAAAGAGGAAAUGUAAAACUUCAUCAGAAUUACUUCACAGGUAUAGGACAAGAGUGAAAAGACUUCUCAAGAAAGUAGAUGUGUUAAAGCAAGGUGCACUUUUCAACAAAAACAAUGUUUUACCAUCAGAGAUUAUCAAUAUGGCACCAAAAGUACUUGAACAGCUAUGCUCUUAGUUUUUUUUUCAAAGCUCAAUUACAAUAUUCACACAUUACAAAUAAA